AUGAACUUCCCUCUCAAGACAAACUUUUUUCCGCAGAUACGACUCACGGCUCAAGAGCGAAGCUGUGAUCAAGGCAACGGUUAUGGAGUCGAUGAGCCAAAAAGAUCAAGAUUGUUGGAUGUGCUACUCACUGACGAACAGCGUUCCGUGUAUCGGCAAGAAAAGCGUGAAGAUAUCAACAUUGAUACCAAUUUGUGA